GAAUGGAUAACUAUUAUAUAGAAGUUAGAAAAAUUGAAUAAAUGGACGAGAAGAAGCCUUUGUUAGGAUCGAAAGCCGUGAUAAGUGAAGGCUUUGUAGUGAAUUCUCCUAUCCAGCGGUACCCGGGGGGUACACCACAGACCCAGUACCCUCGGGAGACGCUCGUAGGGGCAUACUCAGGAGGGCCUUCUCAACAAAGCGAUUUACCCGAUGGAGGGCCCCCUCAAGGUGGCUAUCCACCCCAGGGAGGUGCCGGGCAGCCCCAACCACAAAGUGGCACCGCAGUGCAACAGUGGAAAGGAGAAAUGCACGACCAAGAAGUUGGGGACAACCGAGAUGCCGCGGCUGCCACUCUAUGUACGCAACCCAUCGAGAAGAUGUAUGAAGUACCUGGAUAUUCAAACAUGGGCUUCGAUGGUUCUAGGGUCCCGCCGCCAUCAUACGAGGCCGCUACACGUCAGCCGACCCAGCGGGCUGAAAUUCAGGGCCUGCCACAGAUAGAUGAAAUCGAGGCUAGGAACGCCCUUCUUCAGCACGUGUCAGAACAUUGUUGCUAUGGUAGCGGUGCCGCCCAGAGUUUACGCUUCACUGAUCUUAAACAUUCAAGCGCUUUUCAUUACACCCUUGAAACAUUCGGUGAGGCUCGAUCGACAGCAUGGGCUUAUGACCCAUAUACAAAUCAGCAAAUCGACGGCCCCCAGAACGGCCAUGCCCCGGGUCCCUGGGACAUCCUAGUUGCCCCUCCUUCCAUGUUCAAGAAGCAACAGUCGCAUAUAGAGGUGCCCCACUCUGCCGUCAUCAAGCCGUGCCAUACCUGCAUGGCGAUGGGUAGGGUUCAAUGUCAAAAGUGUUUUGGUCGAGGCAGGAUUCAAUGCACGAGCUGCGACGGGUUUGGCCACAAAACGGUGUUCAGGAACGGCGAACAUGAGCACGAAUCUUGUCAUUGGUGCCAUGGCGACGGCUCACAAAGUUGCUGCACGUGUCACGGAUUCGGAAUGGUAAAAUGUACGUGUUGCCAGGGACACUGUAGCCUGAAAUGCUACAUCAAGCUAACUAUCACGUGGACUAACCACCUGACGGACCACAUCGUUGAGCGGACGGCACUUCCGGACCAUCUGAUUCGUAACGUUGCAGGAAGGGUGGUCUUCACGGAGACUCAACAGAGGGUUUGGGCUAUUAACCACUUCCCGGAUGCAGAGAUCAACAAUGCUUCAAACAGGCUGGUGAGCCAACACACCACCGCCUUCCCGUCAGAGAAGAUAUUGAUGCAGCGCCAUAAAGUGCGUAUCGUACCGGUGACCCAGGCGAUGUACAAAUGGAAGGACACAGACUCAGACUACUUCGUGUACGGAUUUGAGAAGAAAGUCUACGCUCCGAACUACCCCCAGCAGUGCUGUUGUGGAUGUACCGUGCUGUGAACCACGCCACAGUGAAGAAGAAGGGAGUGAAGGGGGUUGGGAUAAAUUAAGAUUGCAUGGGAACAUAUAGACUCAUGCGACAAUUUCCUGAAGAAAUUUAAGCAUAAGUGUCUCAUUUCAUUUAGUCAUAUUAUUUACUUAAAACUUGAUUUUAUAAAAUAAAAAUUGUUUUUCGUUA